CUUCCUUUCUAAAGACCAUGCGCGGGCGGCCUGUGGGCCUCCUACAGCCUCUCGGACGCUUUGGUCGCCAUGGUUACACCAUUCGCGACCGCUCUAGUUGCCGGGAGGAGUGCUUUCUAUGGCCGCGCCCAAGCGCGGGAGACCGCUUCAGCUGAUUUCCCGCUCUCUUGCUUCUCCAGCGGCAGUUGAGACGCGUCAUGGCUGGCAGACGAGGGGCGCUGAUCGUGUUGGAGGGAGUGGACCGGGCCGGCAAGAGUACGCAGAGCAGGAGGCUGGUGGAGGCCCUGCGGGCCGAGGGGCAUCAGGCCGAGCUGCUCCGGUUCCCGGAAAGAACAACAAAAAUUGGACAGCUAAUAAGUUCCUACUUGGAAAAGAAAAACAACUUGGAGGACCACACAGUGCAUCUACUGUUUUCUGCUAAUCGCUGGGAGCAAGUGCCAUUAAUUAAAGAGAAGUUAAAUCAAGGUGUCACUCUGGUAGUGGACAGAUAUGCUUUUUCUGGGGUGGCCUUCACAAGUGCUAAGGAGAACUUCUCCUUGGAAUGGUGCAAGCAACCUGAUGUAGGGCUUCCAAAGCCAGACUUGAUUCUCUUUCUUCAGUUGUGCAUAUCUGAAGCAGCCAAACGUGGAGACUUUGGAAAUGAAAUAUAUGAGGAUAGCUCUUUUCAGGAGAAAGUUUUACAGAGCUACUACCAUCUGAUGAAAGAUAAGACUCUAAACUGGAAAGUGAUUGAUGCUUCGAAGAACAUAGAAGAUUUACAUGAUGAAAUAAAAUCCUUUGCAGAGGAGGCUUUGCAGCAGGCUCAACACACACCCAUAGGAGAAUUGUGGAAAAAAAACUAGUCUGCCCCUUCAUCUUUGUGGGUCAGUCCUCAAUUAGCCAGUACCUGCACUGAUCACCUUAAUACACCAAGUGUUUGUCUGUAGUUGCUUUUACCAACCAGUAGUUGUUGUUAGAUUCUUGAUUUCAUCUAACUUCCUUCCACCUGUUUGGUAAAAGAAACUCUUACCUUAAUUUUGGAGCGACUUUUACUGAAGCAAUUGCAUGAAUGUUGGACCAAGACUGCGUACUAAUUUCAGAGACUUAUGCUUCAACUAACAAUGGCUACUGGUUUUUAAACCCAUAAUUUUUAUCAAUGCCUAGAUUAGUUUGUUGGUAAGCAGCAAGAGAUGUUUCAGCCAUAUAAGAACACUAUGUAUUUGAGAGGACUUAAAUACCUUGGAAAAUGUCCACCUCAGUGAUGAUUGAAUUGGAAAGUUUCCAUUCAUAUGGAGCUGACUUAGGACCACCUCACAUUGUGUGAUUUUUCCUGUCCAUGAAAUGUAGAUGUAUCCAGAGAUUGUAGCAAAAUAAAUAUGCCACAUUUACCAGCAAAUAGUAUGUAUGUUUUUUAUAUGGAGAUUAUCUCUGUAGGGAAAUCAGGUGUGAUGAUGCCCUGAAGCUGAAAGAAGCUACAGGUAACAUAAGAAAAAAUAAUUUAUAAGGGUUUGAAAUUUUGUGCCAGUGUCACAUCCAGCUGUAGGAACCUAAGAAUUCAUUUGCUCCAGCAGACCAAUGCCAAUAGCCCACCCAUCUGUCUCCAACAGAAGCCAGGCAAAUGCUGGCUCUUCAUAAGCAAAGUCCUUGUGUGAUAAUGCUAACAUGAUAGAUAUUCUUGUCUCACCACAUAGACUUCUCCAUGUUCUGUCCAUUUUUUUUGAGCUAUUAUCACAUCUUCUGGUUAUGAAUUCUUUAAGCUAAUUAUUUAUCAUGUGAUGAAACACUUCCUUUAGGCUGCCCUAUGCUCUACUUUCCAAUCAACUUCGUUUGGUGACCCUGCAUUCUGGAAUAUGAAAGAACAACAUAUCACUGAACUGUACAUAAAAUUCCUUGGGAUACUUCUCUAAAGGAAAAUAACUGUUCUAUACUAGUGUGUCUUUUGAUUUAAAAACAAAACAGAGUAUGGUGGCUACAUUCUAAAAAUCUGGUAAAAGGGGCUGAUAUUAGCAAUUUAGUUUAGUUAAAUUGCAAGUCACAGGAGUUAAACUCUGGGGUGCCUUUCAACUUCUUUAAUAUGACUUUUACAUUCUCUUCCCCCCCCUCCCCGCCCAAUUCUAUAUCUUCAUUUUUUAAACCUUUGUUUGACAAGUCUUUAGGAGUACUUCCAUCAGUGAUACAGGUGCUACUGGACUCUUUGAUUUUGCUACCACAGACUAACACGGCUAACUCCUCUGCAUCUAUGAUACAGGCAUGGAUCUCUCUGUAUGCCAGAGUGAAGGAGGACUCACAAUAAUUGUCUCCUUAUGGUUUUCCUGUGUUCUUCCAGUACUACUUCUACAUGUAUUAUCCAAUGGUUCUACACUUUCCACCUAGGGUUCUUCUGAGAUAUAUCAGUAUUAAUUACCAUAGCUGUAGCAGUUUCUGUGCCUUGACAUGACUUAAAUUUUAUUUGCUAGCAGUUGUUCUUGAACUUUU